CCCGGCAGGACUGCGCGCCCGGAGCUCCGUUCCGCGUCCCCGCCGCCGGGAGGAGGUGCCCGCAAGCUCGCGGCGCGCGCCGGGCCGCCAGACUCGGCCUGUGGGUGAUUUCCUCCGGACCCCAGCUCCCCGCCCGAAAAGGAAGAUGCAGACCUUUCUGAAAGGGAAGAGAGUUGGCUACUGGCUGAGCGAGAAGAAAAUCAAGAAGCUGAAUUUCCAGGCCUUCGCCGAGCUGUGCAGGAAGCGAGGGAUAGAAGUCGUGCAGCUGAACCUUAGCCGGCCAAUCGAGGAACAGGGCCCCCUGGACGUCAUCAUCCACAAACUGACCGACGUCAUCCUCGAAGCCGACCAGAACGACAGCCAGUCCCUGGAGCUGGUGCACAGGUUCCAGGAGUACAUUGACGCCCACCCUGAGACCAUCGUCCUGGACCCCCUUCCCGCCAUCAGAACCCUGCUUGACCGGUCCAAGUCCUAUGAGCUCAUCCGGAAGAUCGAGGCCUACAUGAAAGAUGACAGGAUCUGCUCACCACCCUUCAUGGAGCUCACGAGCCUGGGCGGAGACGACACCAUGCGGCUCCUGGAGGAGAAUGGCCUGGCCUUCCCGUUCAUUUGCAAAACCAGAGUGGCUCAUGGCACCAGCUCUCACGAGAUGGCCAUCGUGUUCAACCAGGAGGGCCUGAGCGCCAUCCAGCCGCCCUGCGUGGUCCAGAAUUUCAUCAACCACAAUGCCGUCCUGUACAAGGUGUUUGUGGUCGGCGAGUCCUAUACCGUGGUCCAGAGGCCCUCGCUGAAGAACUUCUCCGCAGGCACAUCAGACCGCGAGUCCAUCUUCUUCAACAGCCACAACGUGUCCAAGCCGGAAUCGUCGUCGGUCCUGACCGCGCUGGACAAGAUCGAGGGUGUCUUUGAACGGCCGAGUGACGAGGUCAUCCGGGAGCUGUCUCGUGCCCUGCGGCAAGCGCUGGGCGUGUCGCUCUUCGGGAUCGACAUCAUCAUCAAUAACCAGACGGGGCAGCAUGCCGUCAUCGACAUCAACGCCUUCCCAGGCUACGAGGGCGUGAGCGAGUUCUUCGCGGACCUCCUGAACCACAUCGCCACCGUGCUGCAGGGCCAGAGCGCGGCCGCUGCAGGCAUGGGGGACGUGGCCCCGCUGAGGCACAGCAGGCUCCUGGCGGAGCAGGCGGGCGGCCUGGCGGCCGAGCGGACGUGCAGCGCCAGCCCCGGCUGCUGCAGCAGCAUGAUGGGCCAGGAGCCGCCCUGGACGGCCGAGGCCGACGUGGGAGGCGUGGGCGCGGGCAGCGCCUCCAAGCUGCCGCACCAGAGACUCGGCUGCACCGCCGCCGUGUCGCCCAGCUUCCAGCAGCACUGCGUGGCCUCGCUGGCCACCAAGGCCUCCUCCCAGUAGCCACGGGGCCCGGGACCCUGAGGGGCGGUGCGGGCUGCAGAACACACAUGCUGGGCGAGCAGCUCCCGACGGUGACGCUACUACUAAGAAUUCCCAAGGAUCUGAUUCUCCUCCUUUUUUUUUUUUUUUUUUUUUUUUUUUAAUUUUUAACCUGAUUCUCUGACGUCAUGAUCUACAUGAGGGGUGGGGGUGGGGACGGAAGAGAACCCCAAGUGGUCCAGCCUCGCGGAAGAGGGACAAUCCCGCCUGAUUCCUGCUGUGCAGAUCUCUCCACUGAGUUUACACACGCUUGUGUUUUCAACACUAGGUCUGAAUGUGAGGUGGGGUGUGCGUGCAUGCGUGCGUGUGUGUGGGUGUGUGUGCGUGUGCGUGGUCGCCGUGCGUGUGUGAGUGCCCGAGCACGUCCACGUCUGUUCUUCUCCAUGGCUGCUGUGGCCCAGGCCUCGGGGACCCUGGAGCAGGCCAUCCCUGGUCAGGCUGUCGGCGGUUGAGCAGAGCCAGGAAACGGUUGCCCGUCUCUCUUCUCUCCAAGCCGCCACACCAGGCCCGGCCCCGUUUCACUUACCGCUGGCUUCAAGCCCCAUCCAGUGCGCGGCUGCCCCCCCCCCGAAAGCAGGAGCCAGGGGAAGCAGGAGGCCCCAGCUACCAUUUCCUCGGGGAUUCCACGCAGGGAGUCUGGGCUGUGGUCCACCUGCUGCCCGCUCACGAAAGCAGAGGAGGAGGAGGCUUCCCUGGGAAGGCCACAGCCCUGGAUCGGCUGCCUCUCUCCACGUCCGGCUUCCUGGAGUCCGCUAGGCCCGUCAGCACGUGUCCCACGCAGCCCUGCAACGGGGCCUCCUUCCCUGACCAAGCACCGCUGUUCCCGGGACCCGGGAGGAGCCUGCCUGGUUGGAAACCUCUAGGCUGAUCCUGCUUGUGCCAAGGAUUUGUGCUGUGACUUUGGGCCAAUCAUUCUAAGAGUCGCCGGGCAGUCAUGAGCAGGGAAUUCAAGGGCAGGCUUGCUGCCCUAGCCCCUACAGUGCAGCCUGUGUCUCCAUGACGUCAACCCAGAUGAGCGUCUCCUUGGCAUCGAGGCGAGCUGGGGCUCUCCCCCCAGGCAGGAGGGGGCUGCGCAUUGCUCCACGCCGGCCCGGAAGGCCUUUCAUGCCCACUGCCGGCCCCAAGCACUAAGCCAGCCAGGUGCGAGGGGGCUUGCAGCCCCAGAGGUGAGAGAGCACAUUACCCGCUUCUCCUAUUAAGAGUCACCACAGCCCCUGAUGGCAGCAGACAGACCACCAGCUGAUCAGUCCAAUCCCGAGGUCUGGGCAGGCCGGCAGCCCCCUUUGCAGAGAAGGGGAUCAAUGAGGGCCUUUGUCAGUCCUCGGGCCGUGUGACCACCCGGUGGGAUGCAUAGG